UUCUGCGAUCGAGCCUUGUUCAUGACAUCAACACAAAGUCAACACCAUAUUUCGCAGUGGCAUCAGAGUGAACCACCAAAUAAAUAUUGGUUCUCCAAAGUAAACCUGAUAUGUGAUCAUAUCCACGUUGAUUGCAUUAUUGAUGGAAGAUUACAAAUUGCAUACGAAACAUUGAAAGUGUUAACCUCAAAAGGCACAGAGGAACAAAAUCGCGAUGUAAAAGAUGCCGAAUUUGUAGAAGAUCCUCACCCUUUUAAGGCAAAAGAAGCAAAAUCAAUUACAGAAUUUGAGUUAUUAUUAACAACAAAAAAUAAGAUGAAAAAUAAAGAAGAUAUAGAACAAGUAACACAUGGAGGAGAUUCAAUGCUUCACCUAUCUAUCAAAUAUAAGCAUGAAUGUCUGUUACGAUAUCUACUUCAUAAUGGUGGCAAUCCGUAUAAGAGGAACCGGAAGUCUCUUUCUCCAUUACAAAUUGCUUUUAAAAUCAAUGAACAACAUCUUGCCAUUCCUAUGUCUUAUUACAUUUUACGAGAUUUUACGAAAUGUGUGUUUAUUUCUGUUGAUCUGAAUGAUAAACUAUGGACAGGAUGGAAAUGUGAAUGUAAACGUCACAGUUUAGAGAAAAGAGAACUGUGUUCUAUGAAUUGUAUUGUGGUGGUUGAAACUGACAGUGCAAGAGUCCCGGGUAACUUUUUCUUCAAAGGCCUUGAUGUUAUAUUUGACCCACUUGCAAAUCAACAUUUAGAGUUAGGUCAUGUUCUUUCAGAUCUCAAUAAUAAUUUGGACAACGACAAUAGAUCAAUAUAUCCAGAAUUACCAAAGAGAGACUUGAGAUAUUUGUUUUCCAAACAUAGCAAUCUCAGAUUUAUUUGUCCGUCGUUAGUGCGUUCAGUUAAUUAUUCUAACCCUAAUCUAGAUCAUGAACUAAAACGAGAACACUGUCUUCGAUUCAUUCUGAAGAAUAAGGGUAUCAUACCAAUUAAGGAGAGUCACUUGCCUUGUGAUAUAGACGGACUUGCAACAGACUGUGUAGAACUAGCCGAUGAUGCAAUUGCUUGGUUGACAGAAACACAGAAUUCAUAUCGACUAUUAUCACUUCAAACCAAUGUUAAUAAAGCGUCAAUUAUAACAUCGCUCUGUGAUGACAGUUGUCAGGCGUCAGUUAAAAUUGUUGAUUCUGAUGGCCGAGUUUCUUUAUCAGAUCAAAUGUUUAAUCAAGAUUCCACAGAUGAAUACAUUUGUGUACAAAAAGCUAUAUUUACCUUUCCACUUGAUCAAUUAAAUAAUGGUUAA